AUUUCGCGCUGAAUGUUCCGAUCACGACCCCUCAAGUGAAAACUAUCGCUCAUCGCAAUGCCUACUUCUUUGUGAGCGCUCAGUGACCAUGCAGUACUUGGCGCAGCCUCGCGAAUAGCUCCUCCCGGUCCAAUGCUUUCCCCUCUCACUCUCAGAAUCAUCUAGCCGGGAACUUACUGGCCUAUCUCCCGAUCAUCUGUGGCUGGCCUAGAUCCGAUCCCUCCACCACACACGCUUCGCACUCGACGGUCUAGUCUCGCCCUCUACCACGACCGGCUCAAUUCGCGCCACACGCAAUUGGCUCUUGAUCAAUUGAUGAAACUCCUAAAAUUCACCGAUAAGGCCGCAUUCCGUUGAGACUCAUCAUGUCGUCCACGACAGCUGCAAGCAGCAGCUCCACUCAGAAGCUCGCCUCUCCGGGAUUCAAUGCCGGAGCCCGACCAUACAGGUCACAUAAGGUCAGGGCAUGUGAUUUGUGCAGGAAGCGCAAGUCUCGGUGUACGGUGGAUAUACCCGGGCAGUCGUGCCUGCUGUGUCGCGUGCAGGGCGCCGAUUGCCAUUACCAGGAAGAAUCCAGCCAGGACGCUCCACUGUCAAACGGACAUGACACAAAAAGAUGGUCCGCAGACCCGGCGCAAGUUUCCACUAUUGGCCAGAAGCGCAAGCGCAGCUCAGAAGUCAGCUCGCCAGCCAGCGUCAGCCGCCCACGGGCAUCCAGUGUUCCCCAGACAGAUUCGAUCGGUGGCCAUCGCGGAAGCGAGUCCAGAUUUGACGAUCCUCAUAAUGAGUCAGUUCUCAUAGUCGGGCCCGUGGUGGCCGACGAUGCCCAAGUGAUUGAGAAGUACAUGCCCACCGAGCGGACCAGCAAGUCCGUAGAACCGAAGAACAACACGUAUAAUGUCUACUCGAGCGAUCCACGGAAACCCAUUCUAUACACAACUGUCUCAAGGCGAAGGCAAGGGAUGCGCGUUGGGAUUCCGCCAGGCGAGAAUCAGAAGGAAAUUCUGGAGCAAAUAUUGGGGCCCUUCAAGCACGACCUCGUUAGACUUUUCAUUGACAGGUUCAACGCCGCGUUCCCUAUCUUCGAUGGAGAGAGCUUCUGGGAAGCCUUUAUUUCUGAAACUCCCGGUGACCCGCCGGCCUCUCUCUUGUGCCAGGUCUAUUCGAUGUCUUUGGUGUAUUGGAAGCAUACGCCCAAGCUGGCUUGCCAUCCCAAACCAGAUGUUCGAUACGCGGUCAACAUGACAGUGGCUGCUUUACACGAAGAGUUCUCGGCCCCCGGUUUGUCCACCAUAAGCGCGGCUCUCAUCGACCUAACAGGGCGCCCAAUCUUCUCCAUGACCGGCAAUGCGAUCAGUAGUGGUCGUAUGGUCUCCCUCGCACACUGUCUCGGACUCAAUCGCGACCCUAGUCAUUGGAAGCUAUCACCGGCUGAGAAAAAUCACCGCAUCCGCUUAUGGUGGGGUGUCGUAAUUCAUGAUCGCUGGGGGAGCUUCGGACAUGGUGUACCACCGCAGAUCGCCAAGAACCAGUACGAUGUGCCUCUUCCGACAAUCGAUGUACUCAUACCACCAGCAUCGCGUACUCCUGAGCGCGUGAGGGCCGCGCAUUGUCAUAUUGCUCUCUGUCAAUUAACUGAAAUUCUGGGGGAGUUGCUGCCGUUAGUCUACGGUCUGCAGCACCGAUUUCCGCGCGAAACCACCAAGAAAGUGAGGCAAAUCCGGACGGAUCUCGACGUUUGGGAGGACUCGCUUCCGGACUGGCUGAGGAACCCUCCGCGAACCUCGGAGGGACGCAUAUCGGGAACAAGCAGUCUUCAACUAGCAUUUUUGGCUGUGAAGAUGCUGGUGAGCCGGGUGGAACUGAAUGAGGUCAACAACUCGGAGACAGAAAACCCAGAGGCACGCCGAUAUUUCCAGACCGAAUGCCGCAAGUCAGCCGAGGAAAUAGUGCAAUUCAUCUCAUCACUUCGUAAGGAGAAUUUCCAAGAAUUCUGGCUUCCAUACAGCGCCUUCCACCUUACCACAACCGCCACCCUCCUCGUCCGCUGUGCCCUCGAAACCACCGACAGCGAAGUCGCCCGCUCCUGCCUCACCAAUGUCGAGACCUUCCGCGCCAUCCUGCGCCGCGUCCGCGAAGAUGAGGACUGGGACGUCGCCGACAUGUGCCUCGAUCACUGCGAGCGGCUCCUCAGCCGCCUACCCGGCAGCAACCCCGGCGCCACCAAUUCAGACGGAACGAGUGCCUAUGGUCCCGGCGGUUUGGGUGAUACUCACGGUGGCCCCGGCGGCCCCGGCGGCGCCUCCACGCGCCUCGUCAACCCGGCCGCCAUCUCCCUCCCCGAGACGCAGACCAACAACGACAUCGUCGACGACAUGAUGUCCAUCUCCGGGACGUUCGGCACGAUGGACGGGUUUCCCUUCGAUAUGACCGGUAUCUGGGACGUCUCGGUCUUUCAGGACGUGAACCUAUCCUGAAUUCCCUCCUGGGAUAUGUUCCGUGACGGUCAAGCGUUAUCGAGAGGGAGGCAGC